AUGACUGGAGUACAAACAUUCGUGCCCAUCACAAAUGAAUGCCCCCAGCGGGACUCGAACCCGCGACUGCUGGUACAGCAAACAAAACUUAUAAACGCGUUUAUUCAGCCAUGCUACAUGGCAACACCAUGCACUCAAUUUGAGAGGAUCCCAGUAAUAAAAUGUGUUGAGGAGCCAACAUUUAGAUGCGGCGAAUUAAUUUUACCACCAAAAUCUAUUGAACUUCCGAAUGGCUUAGGAUUUGGUCCAUCAGCUUUACCUGCUGUGGCUGAAGCGUAUAAUCAAAGAUUUUUUGUCAAUGGAGGAUCAUAUUAUGAUUUUUCUGAUGCUUACGUACCCGUUUCUUCACCUUGUUCCUGUGUAAAACUGGCAACUCCAACACCUUCGGAGAUCAGUUCUUUAGUUUACCCAGUUGUUUUA